AUGGAGAUCUCGUACGCAACGGCGAGCAACUCGGACAUGGCGGUCUCGCUCUCUGGCGUUUCUGGUUCUGGGAGGCAAGUGAAGGUCAUUCCAUUGCAGCACCCGAUCGCCUCCAACCCCGCCGCCCCGCCAACGGCGUCGUUUUUCACCAACUGGCUGCCGAACUUUAAGGGAAUGUCGUUGCGUGACUGGACGGAGCUUCUUCUCCCCUGCUCGCGAUGGAUCCGGUCUUACAAGUGGAGGGAGUGGCUGCAAGUGGACCUCGUGGCCGGCAUCACCGUCGGCGUCAUGCUCGUCCCCCAGGUGCGUAAAGAGUUUUUCUCCUUCUCUGUUUCCACUUCAUAAAUAUUCUAUGUAAAUAUUGAACUAUGGAGCAUAAUUAAUUUCAUAUAAUAGUUUUCUCCAGAAACUUCAGGUCUAUUAGCUAGUAAGUCAUGAUAUGUUUUCUCUUUAUUUUUGUUCACUAGUGAUGAAAUUGGCUUAAGCUUGUGUUUUCUUCAUUGCCCAUGUUUCAUUCAAACGUGUAGGCAAUGUCAUAUGCAAAGUUGGCAGGCCUUCACCCCAUUUAUGGACUCUGUGAGUAUAUACUUCGUUUGUCUUUCUUCAUGAUUUUUCUCGCCACAGUUAGCUGGCGCAACUUAGUUUGCUACGUAACAACUGCAAUAUCUGAAUUCCAAUUGUUCCUUUUACAGACUCUGGCUUUGUCCCAAUAUUUGUUUAUGCGAUUUUUGGGUCAUCACGGCAACUUGCAAUUGGUCCUGUGGCUUUGGUGUCUCUAUUGGUUUCUAAUGUUCUUGGCAACAUUGUUGAUUCAUCGGACGUGCUUUACACAGAACUAGCGAUAUUACUAUCAUUCAUGGUUGGUGUUCUGGAAUGUGUAAUGGGUUUGUUGAGGUAAGCAUGACGUCUUUGCUUGCUUUGUGUAUGAAGAUCGCAUGGCUUGUUUAGAAAAAAAUGGACGCUGCCACUCUUUUAUGCCGUGAAACUUUUCCUUUUCUGGACUGCCAUGUGGUGGGAUACUGCUAAGAACAUUAGGCCUUACUUUAUUCUUCCCUGGAGUACUUGAAAGAGUGUCAAACGCUAACUUUUUCGUAUGAAUUCACUCCAAAAUCCCUAAACUUCUUGACAACAAAAGCUUUUUAGAAAUCUGAUAGGGUUGCUAUCAUUGCUAUCCUUUGUUGUUGUGAUUAUCAUUAUGACGAUUGGCCUUCUUCAUGUGUUAGCCUGGUGUUGGCAGAGCACAAACCUAGUCUUUGUGACAGGACACUAUCCCCUGGCUUCGUGAAUACCUUGCAUACUGAGUGGCAAAGUGGCGUGUCGAGCUCAUGUCACAGUUGAACCCUUUUGGUGGGGUUUGUAAUCAAUUGAGUCAUCAUGAAAACCAAGAACGGUUAUGAAAUGUAUCAACCGAAAAUCUUAUUUAUCAGUAAACUGAAGUGUCAUGAUCGAACACCUCCAGGCCUGUGUUUGUGAGUUGUACUAGUUUUCACUAACCUAAUGAAAGUGAUGAUACCCUGUCAGAAGUCUUAUUAGUACUUGUGGCCAUCUGUAGAUCACCCAACCGGUUUUUCCUUGGCUGGGGUAUUUAAGAAGCUUCUGUGUGCAUAGACUCCUAUUUAUUUCUUUUUUUGCAUUUUUAAAAUUUUAUCAAUAGGCCAAAAAUUUGCUGUGCAGGCUUGGAUGGCUGAUCCGUUUUAUCAGCCAUUCCGUUAUUUCUGGCUUCACAACUUCCUCAGCCAUUGUUAUUGCAUUAUCUCAAGCCAAAUAUUUCUUGGGAUACAGCAUUGUUCGAAGCAGCAAAAUUGUACCUCUUGUUGAGAGUAUAAUUACUGGAGCGGGUAAUGUAUGCUCUUCAGAACCUGAUUACCUUUCGCUGCAUGAUUCUAAAUUCAUAUUUUUUUAUGAUUGCUUAUGCUACACUUUUUUUUUUUUUUAUCUUCAAAUUAUCGCUUUCUUUUAUAUAUAUAUAUAUAUAGAUACAGCCUUUUUGGUUAUGCUUAGAAAGUUGUAAAAUUCCUCUUGCGUAAGAAAAUCGGUGAACAUAGAGUUUUAUAUGAUUUGGUCAGUCAAUACAUUGACUGAAUAUUCAUUCUCCCUUGCUGCUACUUUAACUUAAUACAUAAUCCUUCGUUUGGGAUAUCUUAGUUAGUACAUAGCAUUCUAGUGGUUCUAAUUUCUCAGAGAAUUUAGAUUUAGGUUUCUAUAGUGUUUAAACCGGACGUGCAGAUAUGGAAUGAAUUGGGACAUGAGAGAUGAAAGCAUCAUGCUUAGUGCAGUUGAUCAGCGCAGAGAUAGGAUUUAACAUGGGCGUGAGAUGCUAGAUAUGGAUUCAAACAUGUUACAUUGGAAAAACCUACAGGAUGAUAAGUCUUCAGUGAUAUAUAGCCGGGCAACUAAUCGCUUCACAGAACAUGCACUUAAUUUCUGAUCUAUCGAAUUGUUCGGUGAAAUAUUUUAUCUCAGAUGUGAAACUUGGCAAAAAAAAAAUUGACUUACGAAACUUGUGAAAUAUGUGUUAAUUAUAACUUUGCACCAUGGCUUUAUGUGAUGGACGAAUGGAUGUGCAUAUUACUUUCUAGAGUUUAUCAUUCAUUUAUGAUUGUGUUGCCUGGCUCAACAAGAAAAAUGUAAUGCCGAGGUGCUUCUUCAUGUAAAACUUGAUCAUGUGAUCAAAUCUUACGUGUCAUCAAAUUAUUAUCACAUCAAGUACCGCAUGUUCUUUCUAAGUUCUACAGGGUCCAUUGCAUUGUGAACUCAAGAGUACCCCCCACAGGAUAGAGAUUUCAUUCUAUCAAUAGAGACAAAGCAUUGGGGCCUAGUGAAGCCUAAUUAUCCUCUUCUGCUAUAUGUCGUUACAAUAUCCUAUAAAUAUAAUAACUAUAUGAAAGAAGAAUAUAUUCUGAUUGAUAUAGGUUCUGCAAUUAUAAGAUGCCCUAUGUUGUACCUAAAAUUAUUUGAGUAAAUGCUUCAAAUUGUUAAACUACAUAAAUUAGGAAUACACAGGAAGGAAUCGGGACAAUGAUAUUCUGUUAACAUAAAUUUAUAUAAAAAUGAAUUAAAUCUCUUGAAUUGCUUGGAACCAAACUAUACAAAAGUGUUUUUUCCAUAUCAAAGAAAUUUUAGUUGAAUCUCUACUGUCCCCACAGACUCUCUAACAAACAAUAAAAAUAAAGGUGUGUUUUAGAGUUAUAAUGCAAAAGUCAUUAUGUUAUAUUCUAUAUUUAUAUAUAUUAUAUAACAUAUCUUAUUAACCUCUUCCUACUCCAUGGAUUGAAAGAAUCGCCGACAGGUUCUGUUCGAUCUAUUAUCCUCAGGAUUAGAUAUUGUUCCUCCAAUAAUCGUAAUUUUUUGUUAAUUUAAUAUUUAUUAUUAUAUCUUUUAUUGUUCAUUUCAUAUAUAUAUAUAUAUAUAUAUAUCCAAACGCUCCGUAUGAUUGGCUUCACAGAGGGUCAGGCUAUCUCUGAACACUUUGCAUGAUUGGCUUCAUUUUGCUGAAGGCCUCAAGACAAGCAGCCACAUGUGAAGCUGAUUGCAUAAAAGACUUUGCAUUUACACAAGUCAGGAAUGUGCCCAUUCUCCCCAAAUUCAACGUGAAUGAGGGCACCUGUGUGAGCGCUUGUGUGGCUGCUGUUGGUGAGUCGGACAUCUUGCACGUCUGACUGCCUUGAUGCCUUAACAAGUCCUCAGCAAUGCCUCAAGAAUAAUUGAGAUAACGAAAGUACUUUUCUGAAUUGUUUGAUAUUGGCAAUAUGGUUCAAACACCAGCUUCAAAACCUAUUGAUGGACUUUUAUAAGAAACCUAGGUCUCAUUCAGAACAUCUUUUGCCGUCCAGCAGAAGAUUGUCAGAAGCUUCAAUAAUCUACAUUGUUUUUCUUGGAUUUGAAAUAUUUCUCCAGUUCUCCACAAUCAAACAGCACCUUAGCCAUUGAAAAAAUAUUCCUGUGGAAAAUCUACUCGUUGGCCAAUAUUUUGAAGAUUGGGAAUCAGAAGGCGAGAGUCGUAAUAUGAAAGUGUCAUUUUGAUAGUUCCUAACGCAGAGUUUUUUUAAUAUUAUCCCAUGGUGCAAGUUGGUCAUUAUGAGAAAAUCUGUUUAAUCAUGUAAGUUCUCAUCGAAUGUAUAUUUGACAUUAACUUUGUACGAGUUUGCAAUGUUUUACUUGCUAAUUUUUGCCUAGUUUGAUCUGAAUAUUCAUUGAAUUUUGAUGUCAUGCGUAACUUAUUUGGUAAGACACGAUAGUAUCAUGGUAGCGUGUCCAAGUGUAGAAUCCUCAUAUGUGACCGGAUAUAUCAAAAUGAAUCAUAAGUAAAACUGUGCUUUUCAAUAUUACAUGCUUAGAGAAAAAUGGAGAUAUCUGCUUUCAAUAAUUGUGCUCUGUUCACACUUUUUCCUUUCUCUAAGAUUCAUUUUCCGUAUGCACUCUGCUGACAUUUAAAUACAUAUUGUUGAAGACCGAUGCCUUAUAUAGUUUUUUGCAUAUCGAUGAAGGAUUAUAGGGUUACGAACAAUACUACUAUGUGAUUCUGGAUUCAUUACAUGCUUCUUGUUCUUCUGUAGUUUAUGUGGCAACCUUUUGUGAUGGGAUCCAGUACGCUUACAAUUCUUCUUCUGAUGAAGCACUUGGUAUGAACUAAGUGUUUACUCUUUUUUAUCUCUUUUUCCUCUUUAGUAAGCUGCUCAGCAUUUUUCUUUUUUGCAUGUUCCUUGCAAUUGUUGAAAUGGUGCAGGGAAAAACUAGUAAAAGAUUCCGAUAUCUAAGAGCAGCUGGUCCGCUUACAGCAGUUGUCUUGGGCACAACUUUCGUGAAAAUAUUUCAUCCUUCUACUAUUUCUGUGGUAAAGCACGCUCCUGUAAAAUUAUUGAAGUUUUGAGGAUGAACUUGUGGAUCUCAUAUCACAACGUGAUCCUUCUUUGUUUCUGUCUUCUAUCUGAAAAUUUCUAAGUGCAUGCCAAUCUUUUUGUGCCAAUUUUCUUGGUUCCGUGAAGCUGAGCAUAUUCUCUUUAUUUCUCCAAACAUGAUCUGUUAAUUGUUCACUCAUUAGAAAAUGCUUUUGCCUAUGCCGCUGCCCUUGGAAAGACAAUAUCAGUCUUAACGGCUCGAAAUCUCACAUUUUCAUUAGAAUUCGAUGUUUCAAAGGAAUUUAAUAAUAAAAAUAGGGUCGUGGCUAAUUCCAAGUAUCUAUGUGGAGCUAAAGCUGAAAAAUCUUGAUUUUUUGCUUAUUUUAAUUUAAAAUUACAACUUAUGACAGGGAUUGAAAACAUCAUUUUCAUCGAAUUUACAUCUCCAUUGUCCAGUUAAUUAUUUAUUCAUCUCUGAAAGUUCCAGUCUAGUUAUUACUGUUGCCAUACAAAUCACACCAUGACAAUCAAACUUCGUUCGGAUCUGGAAGAGAUAUUAUGUUCGCCUUUUCUAUGGAUCUGCUUUUUCUCUCUACAUCGUACAUUCAUUGGGCCUCUCAUUUGUUUUUUGAGACAGAUAUCACGAAGCACUUCGAAACUGGUUGCUGGAUAAAAAUGCCUUAUUUUUCCCGUAUGGUUUUCUUUGUACCAUUUUUCAUUUUUUGAGAAUUGGUUUAUUCUCAGCUUCGUUGUAUGUGUUAUCUUAGAAAUAAAAUUGAAAUUUAAUGGAUAGAAUGAGUCAUUAUGAAAAUGUCUUAGUAUCAGAAUCACAACUCAUGUUAGUUGGUUGGUUGUUGAGAUUCGAUGAACUUUAUACAGACAGUUUUGUUGGCUGUAUUGUUCAGAUUUUUUAAUUGCUUAUUUUUCGAUAAAGAUGUUUUAGAACAGAAUUUUAGCCCUCAGUUUGGAUCCUUUUGAUGGAAGUUAGAACUUCACUACAUGUUGGAUAUCUGAAAUCCUGAAGUUCAUCAUUGUAUUAACAAUAUCUCAGUUCUAUUCUUGUCCUCUAAAACUUUGAUGCCGAAAUGGAAAUAUUUUAUUAUUAUAAAUAAUCAUUAAAUGGUCAACAAAUGAUAAGUAACCAUUAAAUGGCUAAAAAUAGAAGAACGCCAGCAACAUAUUUGAUUCAUGUCAGAAAGUCUACGGUAUCAUAAGAUUUGGAUGUUAACAUCUAAUAAUCUGCUGUUUGACAUGUAAGUUUGUUUUUAAGAUUGUGAGGUUAAUCCAACACCUGAAUAAUAUUCCGUCGAAAGUUAGAAAAAUAAGAUGUUACCAACAAGUUAAAACCCUUCUGAUCACUACCCUUAUACAUUAGGAAACUGAAGUACCUCAAGAGAGAAGGUAUCAAAACAUAAAUCGUCACCUUUCUUGUUCCUUUUCCAUGUGACUGGGUUGUAUUUCUCAUGCUAGUUCUCGAACUUCAGUGAGACUUUUUUACUUCUUUCAGGUGGGGGAAAUACCGCAAGGUCUUCCAAAGUUCUCUGUUCCAAAAGAAUUUGGGCAUGCAAAAUCUUUAAUAUCAACCGCGAUACUGAUAACUGGUGUGGCCAUAUUGGUACAUAACAAUUCCGAAAUAUGUCUUCGUGAUUUCUUUUUCCAUUUUUUUUCUCCUAUUUAUCUUUUGAAGAAAUUUUCUUCUUAAUGUAGGAGUCUGUGGGGAUAGCUAAAGCACUAGCUGUUAAAAAUGGGUACGAACUAGAUUCAAAUCAAGAGGUAACGGAUGGGUGUGCUAUUACACCAUAUUCUUUUGAUUUCAGCUCCCUUAUCUCGGAAUCUUUGGCAGACUUUUGUUGACCUUGUUCCAUGAUAUCUUGCACAUUAGUUUUUAUCACAUUCUUUUUACUACACACUUUGUGUAGUUAAAUCAUCAGGCCGUUUAUCUCGUUUUGUGAAAAUCGUUCAAGCAUUUAAUUUUGCAAGUUUAUAGGGACGGUGGACCCUUUUUUUCCAAAGUUUGUAUUAACUGCUACUGCAUUGAUGACCGAAAAUGUGUGAAGACAAAUCUACCCGCAUAGAAUAACCAAAAAGUUUAUUGUGUAACCAGAGAGGCUAGGCACAAAAUGUGACUGAAAUAAGGCUGGAUUCUUUGCUGACAUAUUCUUGGAAUCCCCCUUUAUGGUGAAUCAUCUGCAUGCUUGUAUAUAGCGACUUCUGGCCAGAUGCAAUGAGAUUCCCCGACCAGACAUUACUCUUUCCGAUGUGUUGAUAAAUUUGACAUUAUAGAUUCCAUAUCCGCACUCCAUUAGCCACCAUUUCCCUCUUCCACUCUCAUCCUCAAAAAGGACUGCAAGAUGUUCAUUUUUCGCAUAUGGAAGAGUCAAGCUGAUCCCUUUGUUGUUGGACAUCCUGUUGGCAGGGUACUUCGACUGUGUUGUGGAGGAUUUGUCUUUACCUAUGGGUUAUUUCUUCUGCAGAAGUUAUCUUCUUGAGGUUUACUCAUUCUCAAGAAGUUUUGUCCUCUACACAUGAUCUAUGUCUUAUUCCUCUGCGUACGGUGUUGUUGCAUUCUUUCUAUCCAUUGGUCAGAUACCCAGGGCAUUGGUUGGUCUUGAGUAUUUGAGGCACUACAAUCCCUGUUGGUGCGGGAAGAACUUGGUGUCGAUGUGCACCCUGUCCCCCUAACCUUGGGUCCUCGAGCAAACUCCUACUUUUAUAUACCACUAUCGAACCUAAUUCUAUUGACGUUCAUGUAAAAAUCCGUUCCGUUUUCUAGGUUUUUAGGUAAAUCAAGUGCUUCUUUAUUGGCUGCAGCUUACCUCAGCAAGAGGGAAAAUUAGCAUACUCGCAAAUAAGAAAGUUGCCGCAUGAAAACCAUUGUCAAACUUGAGGAAACUAGUUGAAGCAUAUUUUUCUUGUGAAAAGCAUACUUCCUGGCCUGACAUUCUCAACCUGGCUGCAAGCAUAUUUUUGUGCUUCUAAGGUUUUCCUAAUUAUCUAUUUUUGAUGGAAGUAUACUUUGGUGUGUGGGAGGAUUUUUGCACUCAAGUUGUAUAUGAUACUUUUCUGUUAAAAUGUCAUUUCUUCGCCUAUCUUCUCUAUUUGAUAUAGAUGCAACUAUCUGAUGUGAUACUUCUCUAUUUUAUACAGUUGUUUGGACUUGGUGUGGCAAAUAUAUGCGGUUCAUUUUUCUCCGCAUAUCCAACAACAGGUAAAGACGAUCGUGGCAGUGUUUUUGUUGCAAUUGAUCCGCUUAUCUAUUUCACCUUUCGUCAUUUGUAAACUUCCAAAGAAAUUGAUCUUUUUUGUCUAACUCAAGCUAUGUAGAUGAAAUAGAGAUCCUUGCAAAUUGAUUGGAUGUCUUAUGAUUAAUUUUGGCUGUAUCACUUUGUUUUACAGGGUCAUUUUCUAGGUCUGCUGUAAACCACGAGAGUGGAGCAAAGACUGGAUUAUCUGGAUUGACUAUGGGGGUUAUAAUGGCCUGUGCUCUUAUGUUUUUGACGCCGUUGUUUAGAGACAUACCUCAGGUGUGGUUGCUGGAGUAAUAAACUAUUUAUUUACUCAUUUCUGGCUAAUCCGUUCAUUCCAUAAUCCUUUGUUGCUUCUUCUGUCAUUUUACAUGAGAAAGUAUGUUAUGAGACUUCAAACGAGUAGCAUAGUUGAUUUCCUUCCACAGCAUGAAGUUAUUAGAUGCGUCUGAGAUGGUUUAACAGUUUUGUCUCAUGCAUUUUUAUUAGUACAUUGAGCAGACUCUUGUGAUGUUUUUUUUAAUGAGCGUGUUUGGAAUACUGUCUAGAAAAGAACAUCAAGUUAACUGUGGAUUAGAUGGAUCGGUUAUCUGACAAAAAGUUUCGGUCCUUGUCUGACCAUUUUUUUUAAUAAAUUGAAUGUACAAAUAAAAAUGCAGUCAUUUUUAUUAGUACGUUCAGAGUUCUCGGAGAGUUGAACCAUACUGUAUUGCUAUGAGAGAAAGUCAGUUAAGUCAAUCCGUAGUGGACAUACUGGCCUCGAACUUCUGUGAAAAAACGUAAAAAAAAUAAACGAAUGGUAACACAGUAUAUUAUUUUGAUAUUCGCUUAGGAUGACUCCCAUUAAUAGUCCCUUGUUUCAUUAUGCAUUUUUAUAAAUUUCUGGAUAUAUAACAGAGCGAAAUAAUGCAGCAACAUGUUCAAAAGAAUUUUCAUAUAUUCAUAUGAAAUAUGCAGUAAUUCCAUACCUCUACACUACGAAAUAUUAUGAUUGGUACGCUUUUCUUUCAACAUCGAAGAAACCUUAAUGUUUUGCAAUGUGUUGUUAUCUUUCAAUGCACGGUGCAUACACUUUAGUCUAUGGAGUUCUAUGUUUAUGUGCAUCAUGUUUAUGGGAGGGGAGCAUCAUGUCGUCUUUAGUUUGUAUCACUGUGGCCAUGCCACCUGAUGUGUGCGCAAUCACCUUUGUAAACCGGAUCCAAUCGACGUGUUGUUCUCAUCCAAUGGGGACCCAACGAUUUUACUACGUUUUAUGACUAACCUUUAUGAUUUAAACUUAUUUCUGUAAUAAGUGGCAGAAUUUGUUUAAAUGAGAACAUAGUUUAUGGUGAGAAAGUCAUGGCAAUUGGAAGCCAAUGAAGAUAUUUGAAAGGGGAAUGUUUGGUCAGUUGCGUGUCUUUCGCCUAAUUGCAACCUUUCUCGUAGCUUUAAUGAUGUUUUAAGGAAUACCACUUUUUAGUAACUCUCGAGGAUUAUUGCGGCAGUACAGAUUCAUAAUGAUAACAAGAAGGCUUAGGCUGCACUUGUAUUAACUCUGAUAGAUGAUCUUUUAUGUCUGGUAAAACAUAGGGUAUAUCUUUGAUUUCCAUUAUGUUAGGGUUUUUUUUGUCCAACAUGGAUAUAAUUGUCAACAUCAGUUAGCUUAUUCAAUAUAAGUUCUCCUGAGAGGGGCUGCUUUGCCCCAAGGGAGUCAGGCGCAACAUGCUUAUUUUGGAGACCCAAUGCUUUCUCAGUGGUCCUGAUCAGUUUGCUUAUGUUUCUUUGCUAUUUCAGUGCACGUUGGCAGCCAUUGUGAUAUCUGCUGUUAUGGGUCUGGUAAGUUUACAAUAGGAGCUUGUCUCAAUAAAUCUAGGAUUAAACCAUCUAUCGUGGUCUUACUAGAUAAGUGUAGUGUGCUAAUCUGAAAUUGACAUGUACCGUAUGUAUACAAAUGGUCACUUUAUUGCUGAUCUUUCUGUGUAUGAAGUUGGAGCAUCCAAAUUAUGAAAAGUCAUGUUUCUUUCUGUGUACGAAUUUGUACAAACGAUCUCUUUUUUUUCCCCAAUACAAAUGUUCAUGAUCAUGCAUCAUUGGUGAUUGGAUAAGAAGGGUUGUGCAAUUCAAGCAAGAUUUCUGUCUAUUAUCCCAUUUUUUUUCUAUCCAGUUGUUGAGUGAACGGGCUGGUAGUUAUUGACAUAUCAAUUCCUGUGGUCUUCCAAGUUAUUUUUGCCACCAUUAUGUCUACAAUACUAACCGGCCAGGGCAUAGUUUGAGAGUUGCUCUCGUAUAAUCUGACAGCAUGGUAGAACUGGGAAACCAGGCUAUUCAACUUUGAAUUGGUGAUUUGGGACAAGUUUUAGCACCGUUAUCUCUCCUCUCCCCUCCACUCCCUCAUCUACGCAACACCCAAAAAAGAAGAAGAAAGACACUGCCUGCUUACAGCGAUAAGAGAGCUUCCUUUGUGUCAUACAUAUAAUGCACAGUUCUUCCCAUACCCAGUUCUUGUGAAUAUGUGUAUAUUUCUUGAAUUCUUUCUAAAAUUUUCAAAUCUCCGAACAAUGUUCUAUGCUAUGCUCUGUCUUCAUACUUUUUGUGAAGCUUUACCUUGGACAUACUUUUUUUUUCAUGACUUGGUACCCAGCUUGAAUCUCUAAUCUGUAUCUUGGUGUAGUUUAAAACUAGAGUCCAAACGUAAUUCAUAUCCGGAUCUUUAAUAUUGCAGGUGGACUAUGAUGAAGCCAUCUUCUUGUGGCGUGUGGACAAGAAAGACUUCCUUCUCUGGACCAUUACUAGCAUUACGACAUUGUUUCUUGGUAUUGAGAUAGGUGUUCUCGUUGGGGUAAUAAUUCAAAUGACUGUGCCUUGAACUGCAGAAUUGUUUCUGGUAUUGAGAUCUGUGUUCUUCUUGGAACAAGAACUCUCCCUUUCGUCCUUGCUACUGCGGCAGAAAUGAUGCCAGCUUCAUGUCAUUUUCUGAUUAUGUAUUCCAACUUGGAUAUUAUAUCUGAAAGGGUGACCUCAGUGAGAUAACCUGAACUUGCGGUGUGGCUUUGAAGUGCUAUUUUCCUGCUUCGGGUUUAUGGUUAAAGUCCUAUUCCGUUUCUUCAUUCAUAUUAUUGCUAUUGUCCCUAAAUGAAUGCACAGAUGGCCGUGACUUCUCCCUUCGUCUCUCUUAUAUCGUUUCUUCUUCAUUGAUAUUGUACCUUGUGCUGCAUUAGUUCUUCUUUGAGAAGACAUCUCUGAUGGAGGCCAUUAUCAAAUUUAGGAGUUGCACGUUGAAUACAAUCGUACGAGUUGAAUGAGCGUCAAGAUUUCCUCGAAGUUUUCUUUUUUUAGUUCAUUAUGUACGGGCUUGCUGUCGUGUGAUAUCACAGAGGGAGAGGUUCCCAAUGCCUUGUUUUAUGAGGUUGUCCGGCGUGUUCCCUAUUCCUCUUCUCUGUGAAGCUCAAAUAGCCUAUCAGUAAUGGAGGGAGAGCGAUUCUAUAGCCGCCCACCUUCUGAACGCUGAGAAAUUUCUUGCAGGUUGGCUCCUCCCUUGCAUUUGUGAUCCAUGAAUCAGCAAAUCCACACAUUGGUCAGUUGGGUUACCGCAGCAUUCCAUCUAUCUAUCCAUUAUAUCCGCUAUUUCAUCAUCAUUUUUCGAUCAAUCUUCUAUGGUGCAUCAUUGAUCAUAUCAUAUAGUACUAAUAAUUUCAUGAUUGCACACAUUGGUCAGUUGGGUUACCGCAGCAUUUCAUCUAUCUAUCCAUUAUAUCCGCUAUUUCAUCAUCAUUUUUCGAUCAAUCUUCUAUGAUGCAUCAUUCAUCAUAUCAUAUAGCAGUAAUAAAUUUCAUGAAAACCCACCUACUAUGAUUGUUUUGUUCAGUAUCUGAAUGAUGAUAACUAUUUCUUGAAGCCAUCCUGGGGCGUCUCCCUGGAACUACCUUGUAUAGAAACAUCGCGCAGUACCCAGAGGCAUACACCUACAACGGGAUCGUGAUCGUGCGCGUCGAUGCCCCCAUUUACUUUGCGAACAUCAGUUACAUCAAAGAGAGGUGCGCCCGAGCUCCUCUCUGUACAGCAGAAGGCCAAGAACAUCGAGUCAAAGGGAAUGUUUUCCUGUUUCUCUUUUGACCAGGCUCCAGAAGUACGAGGUGGACAUCUCCGGCUCAGUGAAGCGCGGCCCAGAAGUCGGAAGGAACUAUUUCGUGGUCAUCGAAAUGGCGCGUAAGCUUCUCUCUCUUGUUCUUGCUCUCACGCGAACACUGAAAACUGCGACCAGACAUUUCAUGGAGUUUCUCAGGCGGUCGUCUGAUAUUAUUCCUGUUGUUGUGAUCAUGCAGCGGUCACCUACAUAGACUCCAGCGCCGUCCAAGCCCUCAAAGAUCUGUAUCUGGAGUACAAAUCUCGCGGCAUCCAGGUGAAGCCUCCUCUCUCUCUCUCUCUCUCUCUCUCUCUCUCUCUUUCUCUCCAUUAAUGGCUCAUCGCUUGGUGGUUUGCCGCACAGAUCGCCAUCGCCAACCCAAACAGGGACGUCCUGUUGACUCUCUCCAGAUCCGGGCUCAUCGACUUGGUGGGCAAGGAGUGGUACUUCGUCCGCGUCCACGACGCCGUCCAGGUCUGCCUCCAGCGCGUCCAGAGCAUCAGCGAGCGCCCGCCAUGGCCGCCGGCCAGCGCUGCAGCGGCGGCGGAUACGCCGACGCAGAGGGUUCGGAAGCGGCCCGGCCACGACGUUGACCCCUCCACCGCUACAGAGCCCCUCCUUUCAGCAGAUAAGGUCUAG